GUCAAAAGUUGGAGUUAGGACAAACGAACAUAAAAACAUGCGUGGCAGAGGAAGAAGAAGAACAAAUGAACAACAACGUUAACGCCCAUUUCGUUUCACGACUCGGAUUGUAUCAGACUCAGCGUAGACUCGGUUGACUCAGUCCUCAUCCGAUUAUCCUCCAACAUCACUAGCUCCAAAAACAUUCGAAUCAUUCAGUGAUUGACUCGGCGGAAGCGACUCUGAGUCGGCGCGGCGGAGAUGGCGUCGUCGUCGGAGAACCGAGUGGAGGACGAGUUAUGGUCCCCGAUUCAGGUGGCGGAGCGAGUUCGCUCGGCGGUUGAGGAGGUUGAGUCGUUCAAGCUCGAGUGCUCCGAAGUGUGGAAGCAGGUUGAUCGUCUCCUCCAAAUGCUCCGAACCCUAGUCCGCUUCGCCACCGCCACCGCCUCCGCCGCCUCGGCACCGCCGCUCUACGAGCGUCCAAUCCGCCGCGUCGCCGCCGAGACCGCCAAGAAUCUCGACCGCGCCCUCACUCUCGUCCGCAAGUGCAAGCGCCGGAGCAUCCUCCGCCGCGUCGUCACCAUCGUCAGCGCCGCCGAUUUCCGCAAGGUCCUGGGCCACCUCGACACCUCCGUCGGCGACAUGAAGUGGCUCCUCAGCAUCCUCGACGCCGACGGCGGCGGAGGCGGAGGCGGAGGCGGAGGAAUCGUGCUCUCCCUCCCUCCGAUUGCCAGCAAUGACCCCAUUCUGGCUUGGGUAUGGUCUUUUAUCGCUUCCGUUCAAAUGGGUCAAUUGAAUGAUAGAAUUGAAGCUGCGAAUGAACUUGCUUCUUUUGCACAAGAUAAUGAUAGGAAUAAGAAGAUCAUAGUUGAGGAAGGUGGGGUUCCUCCUUUGUUGAAGCUUCUCAAGGAAGCUUCUUCCCCUCUUGCUCAGAUUGCUGCUGCUAGUGCUUUGUGUCAUUUGGCCAAUGAUUUGGAAAGAGUUAGAGUGAUUGUGAAUGAGCUUGGGGUCCCUACUGUUGUUCAGGUGCUUGCUGACUCUCCCAUGAGGGUUCAGACACUUGCUGCCAAUUUGGUUGCAAGGAUGGCCAAGCAUGACCCUGUUGCUCAGGAAGAUUUCGCGAGGGAGAACGCGAUCAGGCCGCUUGUAACGCUCUUGUCGUUUGAUACUUUUGUGGAUGAUCCUAUUGGGCAACUGGGUAAGCAGAGCAUUCAUUCAAUUGUUCAGAUGAAUAAGGAAUUGGGGAAGAGAUCCGGGGGUAGGCCUAGUACUCGGCAGUUUGCAAAUUCGUACUCUAAUUCGUAUUUGUAUAUGGAGGGAAGUAGCCGGGGAGGGAACCAUAGGAAGGAGAGGGAGAAUGAGGAUCCUGAUGUGAAGCUUCAGCUGAAAAUUAGUUGUGCUGAGGCUUUGUGGAUGCUCGCGAGAAGAAGUGUGUCCAACAGUAGGAAGAUAACUGAGACCAAAGGGAUGCUUUGUUUGGCUAAGAUUGUUGAGAAGGAGCAAGGAGAGCUGCAGUUCAAUUGCUUGAUGACGAUAAUGGAGAUAACAGCUGCGGCUGAAUCCAAUGCUGACCUUCGCCGGGCAGCAUUUAAGACUAACUCUCCGGCUGCUAAAGCUGUUGUGGAACAGCUCUUAGGGAUAAUUAAAGAGGUGGACAGUCCGUCAUUGCAAAUUCCAGCGAUGAAGUCUAUUGGUUCAUUGGCUAGGACAUUUCCUGCUAGAGAGACUCGAGUGAUUGAGCCUCUAGUAACACAGCUGAGUAAUAGAAACACAGAUGUAGCAGGUGAAGCAGCCGUUGCCCUUACCAAGUUUGCUUCUCCAGAUAAUUUCCUACAUGUGGAGCAUUCUAAGACAAUAAUUGAAUUCAAUGGAGUCCAAGCACUGAUGAGACUGCUGAGGAGUAAUGAAGUUACCCAGAUGUAUCAUGGGCUAACUCUCCUUUGCUACCUGGCACUGCACUCUGGCAACAGUGAGUCCUUGGAACAGGCAAGGGUGUUGACGGCUCUAGAGGGUGCAGAUAGAGCAGUUCUUCCUCAGCCUAUAAGAGAAUUGGUGUCAAGAGCAAUAGUCCACCUCAAUUUGUAUCAUGCAGGAAUGAAUUCUCAAAGGAUAUCAUAUUUGCCUUGACCACAAAUUCAGCUACUUUUUUGACCCCGUGUUUUUGUGGGUUCAUCAAUAUACUGUUGGGUUAGUUGCAUCUGGCCAACUCUUUGGGAGAAUAAGGGGGUUUUAUAGGAACAAACCAUACAUAAGAAAAUACAUAAGUUUUUCAGCAUAGGCUGUUUCUUCUUUCCUUUUUUCCCCUCAUGAAACUUGUUAAUGGGGUGACAGUUGUGCAGAGAUUAAUUUAUUGGAGAAUUAAUUUAGUCAUUUGAUUUUGUUUUUUGUAUACUUAUUUUGUUCAUCAAGCAUGUUCUCUAUAUUUCAUAGAAGUGCAGUGGCUUUGCAGUUAGAAGUCUAUUUACCAGUAUACCUAUGACCAGUCUUGAUUGAUGGUCAACACAUCCAUUGUGACAUUUUGUUAAUUGAAAUGUGCUGUAUUCAUCAGGGUUUGGAAUUUUAUGUUAACAGAAAGAACUGAAUUUUUGUGAGAGCUUGUUGGGUCAGUGAAGAUGAUAAGGGAGUGAACUUGUUGAAAAGCCAUAUAUGGUGGAGUUAUUUUGCAGCAGGCCUGGACUUCAUAUAGGUUGAUCCCUGGUUCUGCAAACGCGUGGCUAUCAAUCUUGUGGAUCCUUGAAUUCUUCCAGAAGCGGGCCUGUGACUUAAGAGUUGAGUUUUGAGGAGAUGGCCUGAUUGUCUUUGUGACGUUCUUCACAACUUUUAAAUGGGCGCUCCAUUAUGUUGCAAAGUGCUUGUGUGCUCAUUCUGUCUUUGACUCAUGUAGAAAGCUCCAAAUUGAAAGAACUUAGGCCUGCUCGUUUUAGUGGGCUAAAUAAUAUUCUACAGUAAGAGACAUCAGGAAAUGCAUUACUUCAGUGAUAGAGAAUGAACAUGGCUAGUAAUUCCUUUUUCUGAAUGUUUUUUAAAAGCGGUUACGGGAGGCCCGGUUGCAACGUUGAAAAAAAAGAAAGUGUUUCUUCCUUCCUUUGUUUGUGUGCGUAUUCUUUCUCCUGCCAUGUGUAGAAUAUAGGUCAUUGGAAAGUAGGUGCGUUUCAUAGAGAACAUGUUGGCAAAAGUAUGUAAUUGAAGGGGCAAUAGAACCUGGCUUUAC